CCACCAGAAAAUCAUUUCUAGACAUUGCUCAUUAUUGUCUUUGGUUUGUUUGAACUUGUUGUGUUUGUGUGGACCAAAAGAAGAAGGAAUGGUGGGAAGCAUUGAGGCCAAAAGCCUGCAAUCAAAUGGGUCUGUUCAUCAUAAUGGUCUUAAUUUGGAGGAGAAACUUGAUGAAUUUCGUCGUCUUUUGGGGAAAUCAGACAAAGAUCCGUUGAGGAUUGUAAGUGUUGGUGCUGGUGCUUGGGGAAGUGUUUUUGCAGCACUUCUUCAAGAAAGCUAUGGAGGUUUUAGGGAUAAGUUUCAGAUCAGGAUAUGGAGAAGAGCUGGAAGAGCUGUUGAUAGAGCAACUGCAGAACAUUUGUUUGAAGUGAUCAAUUCAAGGGAAGAUAUCUUGAGGAGACUGAUAAGACGCUGCGCUUAUCUGAAAUAUGUUGAGGCAAGGCUCGGUGAUAGGACGCUCUAUGCUGAUGAGAUUUUGAAAGACGGGUUUUGUCUUAACAUGGUUGACACACCGCUUUGUCCUCUCAAGGUUGUGACAAAUCUGCAAGAAGCUGUGUGGGAUGCUGAUAUUGUUGUUAAUGGAUUGCCUUCAACCGAAACACGCGAAGUGUUUGAAGAGAUUAGUAAGUAUUGGAAAGAGAGAAUAACGGUUCCUAUUAUUAUCUCUCUGUCAAAGGGUAUUGAAACUGCUCUUGAACCAGUUCCACAUAUCAUAACUCCAACAAAGAUGAUUCAUCAAGCAACUGGUGUACCAAUCGACAAUGUCCUGUAUCUUGGUGGACCGAACAUUGCUGCUGAAAUUUACAACAAGGAAUAUGCCAAUGCUAGAAUCUGCGGAGCUGCUAAAUGGAGGAAGCCACUAGCUAAGUUCUUAAGGCAACCUCAUUUCAUUGUUUGGGACAAUAGUGAUCUUGUGACACAUGAAGUAAUGGGAGGUCUCAAGAAUGUCUACGCCAUUGGAGCUGGAAUGGUAGCGGCGCUCACUAAAGAGAGCGCUACAAGCAAGUCGGUGUAUUUUGCUCAUUGUACAUCUGAGAUGAUAUUUAUCACUCAUUUACUAGCAGAAGAGCCUGAGAAACUUGCAGGGCCUUUGCUAGCUGACACUUAUGUGACCUUAUUAAAAGGGCGUAAUGCAUGGUACGGUCAAAUGCUGGCAAAGGGGGAAAUAAAUAGAGACAUGGGUGAUAGCAUAAGCGGGAAGGGAAUGAUUCAGGGUGUUUCUGCUGUGGGAGCAUUUUACCAAUUGCUUAGUCAGUCAAGCUUAAGUAUAUUGCCCUCUGAAGAGAAGAAACCUGUAGCUCCGGUCGAAUCAUGUCCUAUUUUGAAGACACUCUACAAGAUACUCAUCACAAGAGAACAAUCAACGCAAGCUAUUCUGCAAGCGUUAAGGGACGAAACAUUGAACGAUCCAAGAGACCGUAUUGAGAUUGCACAGAGCCAUGCAUUCUACAGGCCUUCCCUUCUUGGUCAGCCUUGAUUAGUUAGUCAUGGCUUUUACAAUCCAAACUUGUUGGAUGUGAUUACUAAGAGAUACAACAUAAAUUACUUGUGCAAGCUGCAGAUGCUUCAUUAAAACAUUAUAGCUUUAAUGGGAAGGUGUAGUUUCAAUUCUGUCAUAACUUGAAAUGGAUUCUUUGUUUAGUACCUGAGUCAAAGCAAUCCUUGUACUGUAUCAUUUUCUUUAUGAUCAAUGAGAGCUUUAUUUGCUCAAACAAUUUUACUUGAAGAAAGAAAACACACAUUUUUAG